CGGGCGCUCUUACGUCUGUUCUUCGGCAAGCAUGCUUGUUUCACGGCAUUUGACGUUUAUCUCACUUUUUAUUUUGAGCACACACGCUCGCUUUGUGGAAAAUUCAACACACAAAAAUCGUCCCAGUUCAUUCGGUCCUCAGUCAUCUGCCGAAAAGCAUAUUUUGUAAAUUAGUGCUGCUCCGAUUCAACCACACCGAAUGGCUUCUGAUCGGGAUUGGGAUUUGUGCUGGGAGACGGUAAACAAACUCGUCGACGAAGCUGGAAAACUUAUCGCUGCCCGGAAUUCGGGAUCCAAGACUGUUGCUGAGAAGACGGAUGACAUUGACUUGGUUACGGAGACGGACCAGCAGGUUGAGAAGCUCCUGGUCGAUGGACUCCACGAGAAGUUUCCCUCCCACAAAUUCAUUGGCGAGGAGGCUUUCGGGGAAGGUCGGAAAUCUCUGCUGACAGACGAUCCCACUUGGAUUAUUGAUCCUGUGGAUGGAACCAUGAAUUUCGUGCACAGUUACCCGCAAUCUUGCGUAUCCAUUGCACUGUGGGUGAACAAAUCCGCCGAACUGGCCGUUGUCUACAAUCCUGUCUUCAGCCAAAAGUUCACAGCUCGUCGCGGCCAAGGCGCUUACUUCAAUGGUCAGAAGAUAACCGUUUCCGGUCAGAAAGCUCUCAACAAAGCUUUAAUAACCACCGAAUUCGGCACCAGCCGCGAAACCGACAAGGUUCGCGUGACGCUUGAAAAUCUGGCCAAGGUUGUCCCUGCGGUUCACGGGAUUCGCGUCACCGGUUCCGCUGCCCUCAAUAUGUGCAUGGUCGCCCAGGGAGCGGCGGACCUCAACUGGGAGUACGGACCUCACGCCUGGGACAUGGCGGCUGGCGACUUGAUCGUCCGCGAAGCCGGCGGCGUCACUAUGGAUCCAGCCGGUGGCCCGCUGGACAUCAUGUCAAGGCGCGUUCUGGCCGCGAGUUCUCGCGAACUGGCAGAGGACUUCAUCAAGCUGCUGACGCAGUUCUAUCCACAGCCCAGAGACGAUUGAUGAGGCCCGUGAAAUUUCGUCGCCAUCACUCUCAUUGAUGUCGGAUUGUAUCUAAUUUAUUACUCAUUGUUUCAUGUUUCCUGCAUGUGUCGAGUUUGCGUAGAAUAAACAAUUGAAUUGA